ACACGCAUGUUUGGUUACACAGUCAAUAACACAGCCUCUGAUUGGUUAGUAAGUCGGCAAGGAAGCCUGUGAUUGGCCAAUAGACUGAGCUGAGGCAUACCAAGAUGGCUGAGUUGUUAACGUUGCUAAAGUUGCUAAAUAAUCCACAGUGUAGGAUCUAUCAUUGUGAAUGUAUUUUAUAAAGUCUGCUAUGGAACAGAACGGUUCAUAGCUUGAUUUUAAAGCUUCUGAAACUUAUAAGACCGCACUGGCACUCUCGACGAACGUCCCAUCCAGGAACUUCAGUACUGUGGAGAUAUCCAUCUUGGCAUAUACAAGAUCUUUGACGUCAUUUGCAACGCUGACACGCUAACGCUGAUCUGAAGAGGUAAGUUAAAGAUAAUUUAAAAGGAACUACAAGCAAAUUAUUCCAAGUGACUAGACGAAGUGCCUGAUACAUUUUGAAUCAUCAAUUUUUCUUUAUUGUCAUCUUCAUACAGAGUUAAAGUUGUGUUCAUUUUAGCUGUUUAAGUUUUAACAAUCCCCAGGUGAGCUUAACUUAGCUAAUUGGCUAACAAUUAAGGACAUGCUGUACUCCAUGGAAAACUAACCAAACAAACGUUUUCUUCAUUUUUAUCUACAGAGACAGUUGUCUAAAAUGUUUUCAACAGUUUGUUAGCCUACAAUAGAAGAUGCUGGUAGUUAUUGACAUGAGUCAUACAUGUGUUCAGUCAUCAGGUCCUCAUAUUGUUUAACUGUGAAAGACUUGAGUGUGUGUUUGGUUUGACGUCCUCAUAUUGUUUAGCUGUGAAACUGUUGGAGACUCCUCAAGCUGUAGUGACCAGGUAAUUAAUCUGACACAUACACACAUUACCUAUUAAAACAAAUGACAUUGAAAAUAUUUAUUGUAAUUGUUUGUUUUUAAUGGCUCAUCACUUCCCAAAGCCAUGUUAUGCACACUGUAAUGGUUUCAGAAUGAUACCCUUGCUAUUAAUAUUGUUUAAGAUAAUUUUGUUCUCUAAUUUUCACUCAGAUAUCGGAUCACGAUUCCUCAGAUCAUUCGGAUUAUGAAGAUAUCGACUAUAUUCCAGAAUCACCUGGCAGUUCCUCAGACACAAGUCUUUGCAGUAGGGAACUAAGAAUCUCAGAAAAUCCUCUGGAAAAGGUCUUCAGGGACACAUUUAUGGGUAUAGUGUCAACACACAGUGGAGAGAUUGCAGGUUCAGAAAAGCCUAGAAGCUUUAGUUCAUCACCGAUAAGCAAUAGUCAUAGUUCUUCAGUAAGAAGGUGCAGUGCUGAUUCAUCUGAGAAGAUUCCGAACAAUGACAGCGCUAUAAAAGUCUCACCAUUUCAAAAAUCCGGACAAAAAAGCAAGUACAACAAGAAGCAAUAUUGUUUCUAUUGUAAAAAGCCCAUUUCUAAAUAAGACACCUUGAAUCUGUUCACAGUAAUCAGCCUGAUGUUGCAAAGGCUCUCAGUUUUAAUAAGAAAUCUCGCAAAAGAAGAGAGUUGUUUAGGUGUCUUAAGAAGAGAGGAAACUUUGACCAUAAUGCCACUGUGGCAAGUGAUGGUGCUGGAGAAUGGGUUCCUUCAUCAACAAAACGAUCUGAUCAUUUCAGUCAUUGCAAAUAUUGUCAUGGACUUUAUGCAAGAGAUUGCCUUUGGAGACACGUAAGAAGGUGCCCUCAGAGGUCAGCUGAAGAGUUUCCCACUGGGCAGAAGAGGAUCCGACUUGACUUACCAAAACCUCAUGAAAUUCAUGAAGCUGUUUGGAAGAUUGCCUGUGAAAUGAACCAGGAUGAGAUUUCCUUGGUAGUAAGGAGUGAAAGAGAAAUUCUUCGCCUUGGCGAGUCAUUGUACAAUGCAAGGAAACCACAUGAGAGAAGAAAUGACUACAUACGCCAAACAAUGAGAGAGAUGGCUAGGUUAUUGAUAACAGCUAGAGCUACAACACCUUUGAAGUGCACAGAAGACCUUGUCAUGCCCAGUAAUGUUCGUCAUGUGAUACAAGCAGUCAGAGCUGUUGCUGGUUAUGAGUUGGAUAGCAACUCAUACAAAAUCCCAUCCUUGGCUUUAAAACUGGGGCACAGUUUGGCCAAAGUUGCUGGCAUUGUGCAGUGCAAUGCAAUCAUUGAAAAUCGCCAUGAAGUUGCAGAGUUGGCCAAGCAAUUUGCCACUCUCUAUGAGAAAAAGUGGACAGAGUCCAUUUCAGGUGCUGCAUUGGGUACACUUCAACAAGCCAAAUGGAAUAAACCACUGGUUUUACCAUUUACUCAGGAUGUGACGCUGAUGCACAGGUUUCUUGCUACUGAGUGUGCAAAAUGCAUGAAGGACGUAGAGGAAAGACCUGACAGCAAAAGCUUUGGUAAUCUUGCUAAAGUGACUUUGACGCAGGUAGUACUUUUUAACAGAAAAAGGCAGGGGGAAGUUUCAAAAAUGGAGCUGCAGAGUUUCACAUCACGAAACCGUAAAGAGUUGAAUCCUGACAUUAUGAUGGGCCUCAGUGAGCUGGAAAAGAAUCUUGCAAAGCACUUUGACAGAGUUGAGAUUCGUGGUAAAAGGUCAAGAAUGGUGCCUAUGCUUCUUACACCUGAUAUGGUCGCUGCAAUGGAUCUGCUUAUAAAAAACAGAAUUGAGUGUCAAGUCCACACAGAGAAUGUGUACUUAUUUGCACGUCCAGGUGUUCUUUCCUAUUACAGAGGGUCUGAUUGCCUUCGCACCUACGCCAACCAAUGUGGUGCAAAAAACCCAGAGGCACUCACGUCAACAAGACUGCGGAAACAAGUCGCAACUUUGUCCACAGUGCUCAACCUAAAAGAAAAUGAAAUGGAUCAACUUGCCACCUUUCUUGGCCAUGACAUCCGUGUGCACCGAGAAUUCUACCUGCUUCCAGAGAGUACCCUGCAGCUUGCAAAAAUCAGCAAACUAUUAAUUGCAAUGGAAAAAGGAAAACUGUCUGACCUGCAGGGGAAAGGGUUGGAUGACAUUGAGAUCAAUCCUGAAGAUGAAGUAGCUAUGAGUGAUGAUGACUCCAGUGAAGAAACCAGCAGUCACCUAGAUCAGCACAUAGCACCUAGGAAUAUUGUACUGUGACUUUUUAAUGGCUCGAGAACUGAGACCGCUAGGGACCCAACGCAUGCACCUGACUCUACCACAGUGAACAACUUGGGGGACACUUCUGACACAGCCAUACUGGACAACAUGGAGGACACCUUUGACUCAACUGCACCAGCAGCUCAAAAACAUCAGCUCAAAACCAUCAGCAAUGUUCAACCAAUAAAUGAUCACCAGCAAGACACAAUACUUGGUACAGUCCAAGUUUCCUUAAAGAGCUCCAACAAAAAGCAAGCUGAGAAGACGUCCAGGAUCAGCACAACGAGCACACAACCACACACACUGCCCCAGUCACAGGCCACACCCACCAGGGCGCUGAUAUGUUGAACCAACACCAUGGACGCCACCAUCAACCACAUGAGGACGAUGCCGCCGCCCACCAUUACCCAGAAGUCCCUGCUGCUCUCCCUGUCCCUGACAUGAUGGCUCUGCUCAUGUCCCAGCUGCAUCCGCUCCUCCACAACUUCAACCGCUCGCUGGAGCACCUGACGCGACAGGUGGACGACCUCGCCCAGGAGGUGCUGCAGCUGAGGAGCGGGUGGCCGGGGGCGGAGCUUCAGCUGCAGGUGGGGACGACGGAGGCGCUCAAGCACAACAAGGAAGCAGAGCAGAUAUUAGACGCCAAACUGGACGAGGUGUACAAGCACAUCAGGGAGGUCCAGGCACAGCUGGAGACACACAGGUUGGACACGGACAGCAGACUACACUCCCAGCAUGCAAUGCUGCACUACAACCUCACCAGCUUCAAGAUGGACAUGGAUGUGAAGCUGAAACGUCAGCAGAAGAUGCUGCAGAUCAGCCUGCAGGCCAUGGAUCUGAAGGUCAACCAGGACCAGACCACAGAGGCGGAACUGGAGCCCCACGCCGCUCCCCCUCCCUCCAUGCUCCGCCCACUGCCGCCCACAGACUCGUCCACACUGUGGGAGGCCAUCAAGCGUCUGGACAACAUGGUGGUCAACAACACAGUCAAGGUGGGCGGGCUGACGGAGGACGUGGACGUGACCUCAGGAAACGUCCAGAGACUCAGGUUUGACCUGAAGGAUCUGGAGAAGCUGAUCAACCAGACUGCUCGUCGCAGUCAGGUCCUGUUCAUGGAGACGGGUCUGGAGGUGGAGGACGCUAAGGUGGGCGUCCUGAAGAAGGUGGACGAGCUGACACGAAACAUGACUCAGCACCUGCAGGAGGUGGACGUGGACAUGGAUUACCUGUUCACCGCCCUCUACCGCAACCACUCUGCCCCGGACUGUGACUGCAAGGCACUGACCGCCGCCGUAGUUCAGCUGGAGAGGGGCGUGGCCAAUGUGACAGCCCUGGCCAAUGAGAACAGAUUAGCCCUGGAAGCAGAUGAUGACAGAGGGGUGGAGCAGUGGGACGGGGCCAAUGACUGGGAGCCGGCGGUAGAAGCGCUUCAACGUGGUCUUCAGCUGGUGAAGGAGUCUGUGGUGUUGGAGCAGACCAGGAGCCGGACUCUGAGCCAGACUCUGAACCAGACUGUGAGGCAGCUGAGCAGCUCGCUGAGCCUCAGCGUGGCCGAGGUGAGCGUUCUGAAGCGGAGCAACGAGCAGCUGAGAAAGGACCUGCACAAACUGUCCGCGCCCUUCGACUCUAUGCUCAAAGACGCCAUCAGACACAGCGACGUGCUGGAGCUUCUCCUGGGCGAAGAGGUGCUGGAGUUCCUGGAGUGGCCGGUCCAGGACCAGGAGGCCCAGUCCAUCCCAGCCCUGAAGGAGCAGCUGAAGAACCUGCAGGAGGAACUGAGAGGACACAGCCUGAGCAUCACGUCACUGCUGAGCAGCAGAGCAGGAGUCUGGGAGGAGGUGCCAUCUGCUGACCAACCCUCCUUCUCCUCCUCCCUCCUCCUCCCCGAUGACAAGAGUCCUGGUGGUAUGAGGAGGAGCAACAGCGGAGAAGCAGCCCGGGAGCAGCAGCUCUUCCUGCGCCCUGACGAGAGGCGUCCGGAGCAUGAGGGAGACGGCAGUGAUCUGUGGAACCUGGAAAAGAUGAUGCAGGACCUGGAGCUGAAGGUGAAGCAGCUGGAGGACAAACCCUGUCCCUGUCCCAGCUCCUCCACGGAGAGGGAGGUGCUGUCCAAACUGCAGGAGGAGGUGACGUGGCUGAAGAGAGGCCUGGAGGAACAUCUGAGGGUCUUCAAGAACGUCUUCACUAAAACUGACGUCCUGGUGGCAUCAAACGCAGCGCUGGAUCUGGAUCAAGUGUGGCAACUGGUGAAGAACCAAAAAACUAAGAAAGAGAGGAAGAGAGGAGGAGCCAGAGGAGGAGGGGAGGAGCCAGGAAGAAGAGGAAACCAUAGAAACAGGAGGGAUCUACCUGGUGGCGCUCUUGUGUCAGAAGACUCUGUGAUGUUUGUGGCAUCUCUGAGGAUUUCAAACAGCGCGGUGACGUUUGAUACGUCUCUGAACCCAGGACAUUUUCACUCUGACACCGGGACCUUCACCGCUCCAGUGGACGGGGUCUACGUCUUCAUCCUCACCUUCAAUCUAAAGUCUGGCUCCGCCCCUAUUGUCCUCAGGAAGGUGGGCGGGGUUUCAGUGUCUCUAAACCGACAGAAUGUGACAGCAGCGGGGGGGCCGGCCACAUCUGUGGCACUCCUGCGGCUGAGGAAAGGGGAGGAGAUAUGGCUGGAACUGAGGGGCGGGGCAUGGGCGGAUUCAGAGGACAAUGUCUUCACUGGGUUAUUACUGCAUCGCACCACCUGAGGGCGCUGUGGAACAGUCAGCUGAGCACAGGAGGAGAACUCGAUGUUGUUUUAUGACAGAAGCACCUUACACAAAACAGCGGGAAUCAAACCAUCAACCCUUCAACCGCCGGUCGUGGACUUCUUCCUCUGCUCCACCGGUUUAGUCCGGAGGUGUUUAGCUUAACCUAGCUUAGACUGGAGAUGUGAGGAAAUAUUUAUCAUAAGAAAAACAUUAAAUAUAAAUGUUUAGACAGCUCGCCCCCUGGUGGCAGGCUGCAUUGUGUCAUAA